GCGAUCCUGGAUAGCCCAGCGUCGCCGGGGACGACGAGCAGUGGUAGUCCGCCGACAGGUCGCACACGGUCCCCUGGUCGGGCCCGAAACUCGAAACCUGGUCUUGAUGCUGCGCAUCGAGGGUGUAGCAUUUGUUGGGCACCAGUCAUGAGCGUCUCGAUCGUCAACGUCGAAGUUCCGGGAGGAGUGAGCGGGGAUAUUUACACAGAAGAACGCCCCGAGACCGUAGGUCAGCUGCGACAAGUGAGCGAUUCAUAUUUUGACACCCCACUGUCCUGUACCUGGAAAUUCGCCGCCAACACCAUGGAGAGAAGGCGCUUGAGCUUGAUCGAAGACAUGUCUCGAGAGACCACCUCGGGCAUAGCUGCGCCCAUUGACAAAGCGCUUAUUCAUCUCGGCGUCGAGCUCAAAACGGCCCAUUGAGUGGCUGGAAUUCAUUAAUAUGGUUCAGCCAUCGGCCAGGCACCGAAAAUUCAGCUCUAAGCCCGAACCUACACGACGGCUUUGCAGGAGAUAGCAUUUGACGAUGACAGGGAUUGUUGAAGUACAGAGCACGAGGAGCUACGGUUUCAGCUGUAGAACCCUCGAGGCCAAUCAUGAUUUAUGAACUGCUAGACCCAAAGAUAAACUCGCGAGAGUCUACUUUAG